CUACGAUUUUGUCCCGCAUGCGCAGAGCUUCCGACUAGUUCUUUCCUGCAACCCCCGGCAAACUUCGUGGCCUGUAACAGUCGCCGACUGCCCUUCCUUUGCCUGCAGUACUCUCUCCGCAAGCCCGCUCUCACUAUCCAUCCGCUUCACCAUGGGCGCCGAAGAGGCAAUUGAACUUAAAGAGAAGGGCAACAAGGCCUUCAAGGAGCACGACUGGCCCACCGCUGUCGACUACUACUCCAAGGCCAUCGAGGCCGAUCCUAACCAGCCCGCCUUCUACACAAACCGGGCCCAGGUGCGUUGAGCACGCCACCGACAAUUGGCACGCGACAAGGGCUGAUGGGGCGCGCGCAGGCAAACAUCAAACUAGAGGCCUAUGGUUUCGCCGUUGCGGACGCCACCAAGGCGAUAGAGCUUGACGCUGGCAAUGUCAAGGCCUAUUACCGUCGCGCCGUCGCCAACACCGCCAUCCUCAAGCACAACGAAGCGAUACGCGACUGGAAAGUCGUCGUCAAGAAAAACCCCAACGACAAGAACGCGAAGCUCCAAUUUGCCGAGUGCGAGAAGAUUGUGAAACGCGAUGCCUUCCUCAAGGCCAUCGAGAUCGGCGAUGCGCCGUCUGCGGCAGAGGGUUUGGACGUGGAGAAUAUGGCCGUAGAGGAUUCCUACGAUGGCGUGCGGUUAGAGAAGGAGAUGACGCCUGAGUUCAUCGAGGACAUGAUCAAGCGGUUCAAGGAUGGCAAGAAGAUUCACCGCAAGUACGUUUACCAGAUCGUUCUUGCGGUCAAGGAGCUUGUUUACAACGAGCCGACCAUGGUCGAGUACGAGGUGCCGGAGGACCAGAAGAUCACCGUUUGCGGUGACACGCACGGCCAGUUCUUCGAUCUUCUCGAAAUCUUCCGUUUGAACGGUUUCCCUUCUGCCACUCACUCGUAUCUGUUUAACGGAGACUUCGUCGACCGCGGUUCCUGGUCUACGGAAGUCGCUCUCACUCUCUACGCUUACAAGUGGCUCUACCCCAAGACCUUCUUCCUGAACCGCGGUAACCACGAGACCGACGACAUGAACCGGAUGUACGGCUUUGAGGGCGAAUGCCGCGCCAAGUACAACGAGCGCAUCUUCAAGCUCUUCUCCGAGUCCUUCUCCGCCUUGCCUCUGGCAACGCUUAUUGGCCGCAAGUUCUUCGUCCUGCAUGGUGGUCUCUUCUCCAACGAUGACAUCAGCUUGGAUGACGUGCGGAAGUUGAACAGGCACAAGCAGAGGCAGCCUGGCCAGAGUGGUCUCAUGAUGGAAAUGCUCUGGACCGACCCUCAGCCCGCGCCCGGUCGUGGUCCAAGCAAGAGGGGUGUUGGCCUACAGUUCGGCCCGGACAUCACGAAGAGGUUCUGCGAGAAGAACGGACUGGAAGCUGUCAUCAGGAGUCACGAAGUCAGAAUGGAAGGCUACGAGGUUGAACAUGACGGUCGUUGCAUCACUGUCUUCUCGGCACCCAAGUACUGCGACAGCACCGAGAACAAGGGCGCCUACAUCAACAUCGGACCGGAGCUCAAGCUCGACUUCCACAAGUUCGAGGCUGUGCCGCACCCGGACAUCAAGCCCAUGGCUUAUGCCUCGAACGGGCUCCAGUCGAUGAUGAUGUAGAGGAACUAACCUCUUCAUACACGCCUUUUGAUAUGAGUUACGUCUUUCUACCAAGUCGAUGUCUU